GCGGACUAUGGGCACCGGGGGCAGAGGCGGCUGCCCGGGCGGUGGGGGCGGCCGGCCGUGGACGCGGUGCGGGUAGCGCCGGGCCGAGCGCGGAGCCAUGGGUCGGGCCGGGACCGGGAGUAGGGGCGCGGCGGGGGCGGCGCAGGCGGGGCCGCUGCUGCUGCUGCUGAUGCUCGCCCGGCCCCCUCCCGCCGCGGGCGACAACGGGGACCGCGAUGUCCGGCUGGUGUCCGAGCAGUACUCACAGACACCACAGAAGCUGUCCUUCUAUAGCUGGUAUGGCAGCGUCAGGCUCUUCCGCUUCCAGGUGCCCCCCGAUACAGUGCUGCUGCGCUGGCUGCUGCGCGUCGACGCUGGCCGUGGCUCCCCCUGUGCCCACCUGGAGACCACUGUGUACUUCCGUUACGGCGCCCCGCCGGUCAUCAACCCGCUGGACACCAGCUUCGCCCCCAACACCUCUGUGCACCCCCCCUUCCUCCUGAAGAUGCUGCAGGCCAACUCCUCCAUCCACAUCCACCACCCCGCGCCCGGAGACUGGUUUCUGGCUGCCCACCUGCCCCCCUCCUCUCAGAAGAUCGAGGUGCAGGGCUUUACCUCCACGUGUGUCUACGUCUUCCAGCCUGAUAUGCUGGUCACGCGCUUGGUUGAGGUCUCUGUCCUAGAGCCUGACGUGCCUCUCCAGCAAACCAUCUUCACCUCUCCCAGCUACCUCAAGGUCUUUGUCCCCAAGUACACCCGCGAGCUGCAUCUGGAGCUGCAGGGCUGUGUGUCCAACAGCAGCCAGGACUGCCCUGUGCGCCUUCUUGUGGGCUUCACCUCCCUUCCCAGAAAUUUACAGAAGAUGCUCACCUGUGCUGAUGUGGUCGGGGCCUGCCACCUGCGACUGCCCUCACCACCCUGGAACCAGUGGCUGCAGGUGACGGCCCAGAACAUGGCAGAGGCCCGCCUGCAGGUGGUCUUCAGUGUUGUGGUCACCUUCUCCUCCGCCUGCAGGCCUUGGAUGCUGAACACCACGCCUGCACCCUGGAACUGCCUGAACCACAGCUGCCCCCACCCAGCUGCCAUACUCUCCAGCCUGGCCUCCCAUGCCCUGGACAGGAGCAGUGCCCCACCCAGGAGCCCCUUCUGCUUUGUGAGCCUCCCAGUCAUACGGGAAGACAUGGAUGUGCUGUCUGUGCGCUUCCGGCUGGUAGACCGGGCCUGGGUGCCCAUAUGGGCAGACCUGCCCUCUGUGCUGCGGCUUCACCUCAACACUGGCAUGGACAGCGGGGGCUCCCUCACCAUCACCCUUCAGGCCAACCAGAGUGUGAUCCCCAACAACACCUCGGUGCUGGGCUGCCUGAAUGCUGCUGCGCCCUUCCUCAGCUUCAACACCUCCUUCACCUGCACCACAGCCUUCUUUCAGGGCUACCCGCUGUCACUCAGUGCAUCCUCCCGAAAGGCAGACCUGGUCAUCCCCUUCCCAGAGACUGACAGCUGGUAUCUUUCACUGCAGCUCGUGUGCCCUCAGAGUCCUGGGGAGUGUGAGCAGGCUCUGGUCCCUGUGGAGACCACCUUGUCUGUCGUGCCCUGCCUGAAUGACUGCAGGCCCUACGGCCAGUGCCUCUUGCUGCGCAGACACGGCUACCUGUAUGCAGGCUGCAGCUGCAAGGCAGGCUGGCGUGGCUGGAGCUGCACGGACAACAGCACAGCCCAGACGGCAGCCCAGCAGAGAGUGGCCACGCUGCUGCUCACCCUCAGCAACCUGGUGUUCCUGGUGCCCAUCGCUGUCUCCCUGCGCCGCGCCUUCCUGGUGGAGGCCUCCGCCUAUGCCUACACCAUGUUCUUCUCCACGUUCUACCAUGCCUGUGACCAGCCGGGGGAGGCAGUGCUGUGUAUCCUCAGCUACGACACCCUGCAGUACUGUGACUUCCUGAGCUCCGGGGUGUCCAUCUGGGUCACCAUCCUCUGCAUGGCGCGGCUGAAGCCAGCCCUGAAAUAUGUUCUGAUCCUACUGGGCACACUGGUCUUGGCCAUGUCCCUCCACCUGGACCGCCUGGGUGCCUGGAACAUGAUGGGGCCCUGUCUCUUUGCCAUCGCGGUCAUGGUCACCAUGUGGGUGUACCGCUGUGGGCGUCGGCGCCACUGCUACCCACCCUCCUGGCAGCGAUGGGUCUUCUACCUCCUGCCCGGCAUCUCUUUGGCCACUGUGGGCCUCUCUAUCUACACUUUCCUGAUGACGGACGACAACUACUACUACACUCACAGCAUCUGGCACAUCUUGCUGGCAGGGAGUGUUGUCUUCCUGCUGCCACCUCGGGAACAACACACAGAACCCUGGGCCUGCUGGCAGAGGCUCCCCUGCCACUACCAGAUCUGCCAGAACCGCCGGGAGGAACUGUACACGGUGACUUGACAACCAGCCAGGACGCAGCCAGGGAGAGGCACCCUACCACAUCCACUUCCAACUGAAUAAAAUUGCCCCGCGCACAUGCUUUUCUUCCUGCCUGCAGUGGUAGGUGAGCGCCACAGCUCCUGCCCUGGGCCUUGCCCACUGUUGUAGGACCUGCACCUGGCUGCCGGGAACACAGGGCCCUGGGGAACACCCAGGCCCUGGCUGCCUAGAGCCAGCUAUGUUCCCAGAGGACAUAGUGAUGUGCAAGAGCAACCACUGCAGUGAGGUGGAAACAAGGACUAGCGAGGAGGCCUGAGCUCACCUCCACAGUGGCUGAUGAGGCUGGGGGGGGCUAUGCCUGCCCUUGUUGGCCCCCUGAUGCCCAGAACCCCAGUGCCAGCCUGGAUGGGCCCACACUGCUCCUGUUGGUAUGGCCGUGUGGGGAGAGGCGACCAUGGGCACCAGGGAGUUGAGGGGUGUGGAUGAAGGGCUAGGGCUGCCUUUGUGGCACAAGGGAUUGCUGCUCCAGCCUGCUUCCCUGAGGCUCUAUGGGAGUAGCUUCCCGAAGGGAGUCUGGGUCUGGGCACCCCAGGACCCCCUGGGUCUAUGGCCCCUUUCUUGGGCAUUAACUGGGCAGAAUCCUCUGGAUCGCCCAGAGAGCGGACAGGGUGACUGUUGCAGGUGUGGGUCUGAGCCCCCCACCUUGUGGCUUCCCUGAGGUUGUGGAGACAGGGAUCACUGUGCACGCGGCUCCAGGCUGGUCCCGGGACACAUUUCUAGACGACGCUUUUGGUGUAAAAGUUUUUAGAUUAAAACAUAUUUUCUGUAGCUUCGA